AUGCUACCGUACGUUGCUUAUAAAUACGUAAAAAAUAAACGAGACGAGAGCAAACGUGAAAUGGAGUCAACAUUGGAUUCGCUAACAUCACAUUUAUCGCGUUCUAUGAUACCAGAUCAGAUUGUCGUGCGCAUCGCUGGUGUAUCUGCAAAGUUUGCUGAGGAUUCAGAUGAAUACAUUUCUGGCUCUUUAACCAUUGUUGAAAAGGCAGUCGGAGUUUUCAUAGAGUGGUCCCCAAGCGAUGGCUCUCGCUAUGCUCCAGACACGUCUGGUUGGGUUUUAGCAGAAGAUGGAGGCGAAACACAAACGCUGCAUUCGCCAACAGGCAGUCCUGAUAGGACAUCUGGCGAACAAAUGAACAAGUUGGCUUUCUCGAUAGAUGUGAACGAUUUGAGCAGUUUUCGAAAUAUUGAACCCAAAAAG